GACCUUGUUUAUGCUCUCAUCUCAACACAAAAGGCCCUGGACACCAUACUUGGGUACCUGAAUCCUCACACCGGGGCAACAUUGAGUCGACAAGAUGGUAUCUGAAUCGUCUCAAGCGGGAUCCGCCGUCGACGGACGUAAUGUCUACACGCUGCAUAACCAACCCUUCUCGCUGUUUUCGAUGAUGGUCAGGUUUACAUACGUCCUUGGACGCAGCUCAGCCGACAAUGCCACAGAUGGGGUUAAUAUAGAAUAUAAAUUAGUGGAUCAUCACCGUUAUGAGAACCUUGGAGAGGACUAUCUGAUCAACGUCAAUCCAAAGGGCCAGGUCCCGACAUUAACGGGCCCCAAGCUCCCUGCCCCCUUGACGGACAGUGUUGAUAUCUCAUACUGGUUAAGCGGUCAUUAUCCCAAACUUCUCCCGCCUGACCUCGAGCCGACUAUCAGGGACCUGUUCACCAAGUUGCACGACAUCGAUAUCUACUGCCUGUGUGUGCGACCUGAGUCCGUGCCACCGGAAUGGCGAACAAGCGGGGUUCCUCCUGUUUCGGUCGAUGCCCUGCUCGCCAAACCAGACUCAGAGAUCUCGCCGGAGUAUCGGAAGGCACUAUUAAAGAAACGAGAAUUCCACGUCAAGACUAAGAACGAUGCCUUGAGGCUGGACCAAGUCGAACGUGCUGAGAAGCAGGCUCGCGACUUCUUCUCGGAGCUGCUUUCCAUCCGCAAGACCCACGGAGCGGACUCUGUUUGGUUGUUCGGGCCGGAAGCGGGCCCGACGAUACUGGAUGCUCACACCGUGCCGUUCAUCGCGCGGAUGAGGGACGAGAAGGUGGGUAGGGGCAAUCUGGUUCCACCGGAGCUGCAGGAAUAUGCAUCGCGUGUGAUGGGGCGCCCCGAGUGGGAUGAAGUCAUGCACGGCAGGCCCACGAUUUAUGAUGCGUCUAUGGGUCCUGUACGUGAAUUGGACCCGCUUUGGUAGGAAAAGCAAGCUUGCAGGGCUCAUUAAGUUGAUAGUUCUUCCUCGUUUUGACUUGCACCUGCUGUAUGUUCCAUGAAUCUAUAUACAUAUAUGCUAUGGAGACCUCAAUAGACAUCCA